AUGAAGUCCUCAGAGGGGCAAGGAGGUGAAGGGGACCAGCCACUAGAGAAGGUGACAUACGUACCCUGCUUAGAGAGGAGCUCCAGCACCAUCCCUGCGGGAGAUUCACUUGUGCGUCACGCCAAGGGCCUAGGCGAAGACACCUUCAAAAUUUGUAAAGAAUACCUAAGGCCGCUGAAGAAGUUCUUGAGAAAGUUGCACCUGCCCGGCAACCUGCCCCAGAAGAAGAAGCUAAAGUACAUGAAGCAGAGCCUUGUGGUCCUAGGGGACCACAUCAAUACCUUUCUGCAGCAUUACUGCCGAGCCUGGGAAAUCAAGCACUGGAGGAAGAUGCUCUGGCAAUUCGUCUCCCUCUUCUCAGAACUGGAAGCGAAGCAGCUUCGCCGGCUCUACAGGUACACCAAGGACAACCAGACGGCCAAGUUCCUGGUGGCUUUCUGCCCCUUGGACACACCGGAGAGAUCCUCGCUGGCUGACCAGGAAGACAGUCUGCCCAAGCUCUGCAGCGCCUGGGGGCUGCAGAGCAACAUCAACGGUGUGACGGAGAGGCUGUCCAAGAUGCAGGCCCCAGACCGUGAGGCCUCCCUGCUGGGGGAGCCCAGAUCCAGGCUCCGUGGAGGGAGAGAUUCUUUAAGGAAACUUUCUCAAAAACCAAAACUCCAGAGAAAGAGGAUUAAGGAAGCCCCAGAAAGUCCAGAGAACUGCCCAUAA